CACAGCAACCAGAGGUAUCAAAGCUACCCAGAAUCCUUACACGGUACAGAAAUAUGAUGUCCAUAACCCCUACGCGAGCCGCUGUUAGUAUCCACUCACUGUGAAAACUCCAGAGCGACAGAAUUCGUGCCAUACGCUGUUAUAAUGUGUUUGAAAUUGAUCCUAAUAUCGGCGUCAAUAUUAUCGGUGGUUGCACCAUCUUCAGUCCAUGAAAGGGACGAAGUUUUGCGAAUAUUCCCGAGGAAUGCCGAAGAUGUACGAUUUCUAACGACGAUGGAUGAGGAGCAGGGACUAUCGCUUGAUUUCUGGAAGUUUCCUUCCGGACCAGACAACAUCGCUGACGUACACGUACAGAAGGCGCAUCUCCCACUUGUUAAAGAUGCACUCAAACGACAAGGAAUCCCGUUCAACGUCUUGGUGGAUGACGUCGGAGAAGCUCUCCAUCAGCACAUGCGCACUAACCGGAUGUCCAGGGCACUGUCGCGCAUGCGCAGAGACGAGAACUUCGACUUCAGUGUCUACCACACAUAUAAGGAGAUCACAGACCACAUGCGCCACCUAGCGACCAACUACCCUGACAUAGCCUCUAUCAUGAGUGUAGCAGGCACGUACGAGGGCCGUUCUAUCAUGACCAUCAAGCUGGGCAAACCGUUCUCUAACGGCACCGUGAAGCCUGCCUUCUGGAUAGACGGGGCUAUCCACAGUAGAGAGUGGAUAGUGCCAGCUACUAUCAUCUAUGCUGUAGAUAGGCUUGUUCGUCAGUACGGUUCUGACCCGACUGUAACACGAAUCCUUGACGGACUUGACCUAUACGUGACCCCUGUCUUCAACGUCGACGGUUACGUCUACACCUGGCAGUCCGAUGACACCCGGCUGUGGCGCAAGAACCGCGCCCCUCAGGCGGGCCCAUGUGUCGGGGUGGACAUGAACAGGAACUGGGACAGUCACUGGUCAGAGGGUGGGUCCAGUCACGACCCUUGUAAUUGGGCGUACCAUGGUACGGCGCCGUUCUCCGAGCAGGAAACGCGGGAAAUCUCGACCUUUAUCUGGGAGAACCGGCGGGACAUCCGGGCGUACAUCGCGUUCCACUCCUACUCCCAGGUGUGGAUGGCUCCCUGGGGGCACUCCUAUAACAGACCGCCAGGGGACGCUGGCGCACAGGAUGCGCUGGGACGGUUGGCUGUAGAGACAAUCAAGUCUGUUCAUGGUGUCGACUACGUCGCCGGAAGAGCCAUGGAGACAUUGUACCAAGUGUCGGGGGAUUCUCAAGACUGGACCUACGACAAGGCCGGGAUCAAGUACUCGUACAUCGCGGAGCUGCGCGACACCGGGCGGUACGCCUUCCUCCUGCCGCCCGACCAGAUCCUACCCACGGCCGAGGAAAUCUUCCCCUCCAUCCUGACGGUCGGGGAGUGGAUCCUAGAUCACUACUAACUGCACUAGCCUGACUAAAGGUGGGGUCACACCUGCGUAUAUAUCUACGUCCUUGUGAGGCGCGCAUGGCAGUAUUUGCCUCCACCAGGCUCCACAGGUCGUUGGAAAAAUAAUAGAAAUUGGACA